ACCACACCUUCUGGGUUUCAAAGUUCAAACAAUAAAGUACAGAGUAACAAUGCCAAGAAUAUCACCAGACCAGACAAGACAGGAAAGGGAGAGGUUGUGUCCAGAAACAGCGACCAUAAGAAGUUUCGGAGAAUCAGUCUAGAGAUCCUGUCACCCAACUUGCCGGCACCAUCAAAGUCCGAGCUGCCAAAGAACGUGGACUUGACCGAGAUCAGACAGAAAUAUCUAACUCUUAUUGGCAACUCUCAGAAGUCUCUCCGGAGCUGGGCGGCUGGUGUAACCCAAGAAGAACCAGGAGACCAGAAGCAGCCAGGACGGGUGUCCCUGAUAAAGGAGAUCAGCGCAGAAGAAGAAGAAGGGUCGGUGUAUGAUGACGGCUACACCUUAUCUCCCCUGCUGGCUACAGGACAUGACGGAGUGUAUGUGAAUGGAGAAACACAAAAGCAAGCAGGAAGCAGAACAGACGUGGACGUGGACGUCUAUGAAGAGGCGGUGUUGUUGACGGGUUCGCUGGAGGCCAAGGCGAGGAAGCAACAGCAGCACAAGGAACAAGCUGAGAUGCGCAAAAAGGAAGAGAAAGAAAGGAAAGACAAAGAAAAAGAAGAGAGAAUGAGACUGAAAGAGGAACAAAUGAAGACCAAGAAGGAAAAAGAGUUGCUGCAGCAGCAGAAACAUUUUCACCUAACAGGAAACGAGGUCAUGGUCGGUGACGGUGUCAUGAAGCAGGACUUCAAGGACAUGUCACUGAAGCAAGGUCAGAAGGUCACUAUUGUCCGUCUGGACCACAACCCGCCCAGCAUGUGGUUGGUCAAGACAGAUACCGGAAUGGGUUACGUCAGCAGCAGUUGCAUUGAAGUCGAUCCUCUUGUGGUCCGUCAG